AUGGCGUCGUCCUCGGCGCCGUACGUGACGUCACCCACUUCCACCGUCCAGCCUUCAGCACCCUCUCACGAUCUACAUGUGUCUCUCUUUCUUGCGUCCAACAGGGAGCACGUCAACCCGCUGCAGCAACGCGCAGCCGCCGCGGCACAGGCACUACUGGCCCCGGGACGCUCCAUCUCACAGCGAGAGAUUCAGGCUAUGCUCGAGAAGAAUGAGGCAGCGCUCAAAGGCUGGAACGCGCUCCACAAGCAGCAGCCUGCUAAGGCGAACCCUGUAGAGCACAAGGAGUGGGUGCGGAGAUGUCUGGUCUUUCGCCAACAGAUUGGGGCCAGGCUCGAGGUGUUGGCCUCGUUGGCGGACAAGCAGAUCGCCCAAGAAGACGAGAAGACUGGAGGACGACGGAUAUCGCCCAAUGCAGCGGCAUCAAGACAAGCUGGAGCAGCACAGAACCCAACGCUGGCAGCUCCUAUCGCUGCCGUCCCACAGAUUCUACAGCAGCCGAAGCCUACUUUGCCACAGCAGGUUUACGCACCCCAGACGAUGUCUAAUAGCAAUCCGGUGGCCAUGGCGACGUCGACUUCAGCGUCCAUGGCGAUGCCAAAUAUGGCAGCACCAACGCCUCCAACGAUGUUCCCGGAGCCUCCGAUGCCCACGGUUGGCUUUGCAACCACAAGCUCGAGUAUGUUUUUCCCAACAGGACAGAUGAACCCGAUGCAGACUUCAACUGGCUUCACUUCAAGCACUUCGAUGGUUGUCUCUGGUGUAUCGACGUCGACUCAAGGAUACGCCAUGAGCUCUGGGGUGCAGACGUUCACGCCCAACGCGUACAUGUCCUCCACGAGUGGACCCCCGAGCUCGUCCGCUUCAUUUAUGAACCAGCAAAACUAUAUGAUGGGCGGCGGCAUGAUGAACCAGCAACAGCAGUUCAUGCCAAUGCCGAUGCCAAUGAACCUGACAUCUUCUGGGAAUAUGUACGACAACACUUACGGCAUGUCCUCGGCAUCAACGUCAACGAACAGCGCCAACGGCAACAAUAGUAGCAGUAACAACUUCUCCGUGGAUCCGUUUAUGACUCCUCUUGGAUUUGGCCCCGAUACAAGCUUCGGAUCAACGGUAUUCCCCAUGACUGGGAUGCCAAACAUGCCUAUGCAGCAACAACAGAUGAUGGGGUCGAUUAACGGAAUCAACUUCGGAGCGCAAGGAGCGUCGAUGAUGCCCAACAAUUUUGGAUAUGGGGGGAUGGCACCAUCAUCAGCACCUAAUAUGAUGCAGCAGGCCAUUCCGACCCAACAGUUCCAGCCCACACCUCAAUCUUUCCAGCAACAAAAUCAGCUUCCAGUGGGGUCCAUGAGCAUGUCACCAGACUCGGCAUUAUAUGGUGACAGCAACGUAAAUAUCUUCGAAGGACUGACAGAUGAUGCCUUCUUUCCAAUGCAAUGA